GCCACCAUCUCCUAUUAGGCUAUUACGUGUCUUCCGCCGCCUCUCACUUCUCCCCAUAUAAAUAUCCUUUCGACAUUAAACUAAUUUUCCUUUCGGCUUUUUAUUGUUUAAAAUACGCUUUCUCUCCCCGCCAUCUAGUUGAUCUUUAGGUUUCACAAAGGGAACAAAAAUACCCACUCUUGUUCUUAUUUUGUUCGAUUUCGUGAAGAAUUUGUUUGAUUAAUCGGUUGAUUGAUGGCUAUUUGCAAGCGCAUGGUUAAAUUGGCCGCGGAUUCUAGUAUUUGUUUCACCAACUCUGACUUGAGUUACAGAAAGAUAUCACAACUCGUUAAAUCUAGUGGAAAUCGUGCCUUUCUUGUUGAUACAUUGCAACUGGUGAGGGGUUUAGAAGCUCAAGGUGUGCCGUCUAAACAAGCUGAGGCAAUAACAGCUGCAAUCACGGAAGUUUUAAACGAUAGUUUGGAGAAUGUGGCUAACUCUUUCGUCUCCAAGGAAGAAAUGCAAAAAACAGAGAUGGCUCAAGAAUCCAACCUUUCAAAGUUUAAAUCUGAAGUGCAGAGUUUGCAGGAACAUCAUUUUUCUUUGUUGCAACGUGAAACUGAAAAGCAUCGAAGUGACAUAGAGAAAUUGCGCAGUGAACUGAGGUAUGAGAUUGACAAGGUCAAAGCUGGGCAGCGCUUGGAUUUAAAUCUUGAAAAAGGGCGUAUACGAGAUGAACUUGCCAACCAAAAAGCAGAAACCACUAACCUGACUAAUAAACUAGACAAGGAAAUUCAUUCAUUAAGAGCCCAGGUGGAAGCAGCUAAAUAUGAUGUGAUCAAGUACUGUAUAGGUACCCUCGUCUCUAUAUCUGCAGUUGGGCUUGCAAUUGUCCGCAUCUUGAUGUAGGGUUUCAUGUUAUAUUUAUCAUAAAUACUAAUUUUUAUUCUUUUCUGGCUACUUACUGCAUUGAUAGACGGUCGGAUAAAUUAUAUUCUUUUAUGUAAAAAACAGCUCUCGGAUAAAUCAUAUUCUUCUCUAUAGGAAGCAAAUAUAAAUUGAGAGAAACUAUUGUCAGUUGUUAGUGUGACAUAUUUUUUUGUAUAACUUUAU